GAUUUUCUGAAGGGCAAAUCAAUUGCUCAAUAUUCUUACACGAUCACUGGAUACAAGAAGCGUAGUUAAGUAGUUGUCAAGCGAAGCUGUUCCAUCGAAAUUAUCUGCUCUCAUCUUAAAUUGGACCCUGAACCCGUCAUAAAUAAGCAUGAAGAUGUACAAGUCAUUCAACUUAUUAGUGGUGCUGCUAACUGUCUACCUUGUUGGUCACCUGGACGGAGCAAGAGUCACUUUUUGUUCAGGAAUUGACCAAACUGGGAGUUGUGCCACCAAAAAUGUCGAGAUAGGCAGAUUCACAACAAAAUGCGAAGACUUUCCAUUUCGCUUUAGGUGGUUUCUAACUGCUCGGUCGGUCAAGAUUGAGAACAGUUUGAUGAAUGGGUGUAACUCGACUUGUAGACUGCAUACAAGUGAUAGUUGCCGGUGCUGGCUCGGAAAUUGUCCCACGAUUGAUCUAGUGGGGUGCCAAGUCCAGAAUUUGGACCCAGGUCACGAUUUUGAAGGAGUUAGUUGUGUUUAGAUGCAGUACGAUUUUUUACUGCUUCACUGGUGCAAGGACUGUUGUUUAUGAUUUGUAAUAAUAUUGAUAACCAUCAAGAAAAAUUAUACAAUUCACAUUGUUAAAUACAUUUCUAAUUUUGCAUUGAAUUUUA